AUGGAAUAUUGUACACGUAUCAAGUCCAUCUCUGAUCUUCUUGCUAAUAUUGGAUCCCCGAUACCCGAAAGAAACCUCAUUAUUUAUGCCAUCAAUGGUUUAUCUCAGAAAUUUUCCCAUGUCGUCACCACCAUUCGACAUCAAAAACAGUUUCCUACUUUCCUUGAGAUGCGCUCCAUGUUAACCCUUGAAGAACGGUCCAUGGCAAAAGAUCACUCCCGUCACGUUCAAGCCUCACAUCAAGACAAUGCAUCUUCACCAACCAUUCUCACCACCGAGCACCAAAAUCGCCCCUCUCAUUCUCGAUUAAAUACCACCGGAGGUAGAGGUGGUGGUCGGAAUCAACGUGGCGGCGGCAGGGGAGGUCGGAACGGCGGGAGAGGUGGCGGAAGGCAGGGACAAUCUGGAGGCGGAGGCUUCGCAUGCGGUCAAAAUUGGGGGGGGGGGGAUAUUCCCCCUGGAUGA